CCCGAGCCUCAGUCGCUGAUGUGGAGGCAGAAGAGUCCGGACCAGACGCUGCUGAUGUUGAGACUUUACGCGCGUGGAACGGAUUUUUCCUGCCUUUGGAGGAUGUACAACAGAAAAACGUGAAUUUCCUUCAUUAAGUUAAACUGAUUUGGCUCAGGACGUUUUAUUUUUCUUACUUUACAAUCUGCGGCUGUAAAGUUUUGUCCUGCGUCUCCCCGAGGGGGCUGAUGGGAGCAGAGAGAGGAGGGAAUGCUCCAUCUGCGCGCUCCUGGUGUUUUCCUCCAAAACUCCUGAUCCUGGCUGAUUUGCGCGCUGUGGUUUCGGCUGCUGGACUCGGCUGCUGGCUUGUUGGGAUCGUCCCUGUUGGAUCUACAGGAUGCAGCUUCACUUCAGCCCACAGCUCGAGCAACCAACGUGGAUCCGUGUGACAUAUUCUUCUUGACAUUUCGAGAUAAUCCGCGGAUCACCCUGUUCAAGCCACUUUCCAAACCCCCUGUGGCGCAAUGAUUUUAACAACUUUCGCCAUCUUAUUGUUCUUCCCGGACUCGGUGGUCACCUUGAAGGGCGACGGCGGCGCAGCCUCCCGGUCCGCGCGCCUGGACUGCGUGCGGGCCAGCGAGCAGUGUCUGAAGGAGUACUCCUGCAGCACCAAGUACCGGACGAUGAGGCAGUGUGUGGCGGGCAGGGAGAGCAACUUCAGCGCGGUCACCGGUACGGAGGCGCAGGGCGAGUGCCGCAGCGCCAUAGACGCCAUGAAGCAGAGCCCCCUGAACAACUGCAGGUGUAGAAGAGGCAUGAAGAAGGAGAAGAACUGCCUCCGGAUCUUCUGGAGCAUAUUUCAGAGCCUACAGGGUAACGAUUUGCUGGAAUAUUCUCCGUAUGAACCCGUCAACAGCCGCCUCUCAGACAUCUUCCGCCUGGCGCCCAUCAUCGCUGCCGAGCCCGCAUCCACGAAGGAGAACAACUGCCUGAACGCUGCCAAAGCCUGUAACCUGAACGACACAUGUAAGAAAUACCGCUCGGCGUACAUCAACCCCUGCACGAGCAGGGUGUCUGCCUCCGAGGCGUGCAACAAGCGCAAAUGCCACAAAGCCCUACGACAGUUCUUUGACAAGGUUCCAGCUAAAUACAGCUACGGGAUGCUGUACUGCUCCUGUCCAGCAGGGGACCAGACGGCCUGCGCGGAACGCAGACGACAAACCAUCGUGCCCGUCUGCUCCUACGAGGACAAGGACAAACCAAACUGUCUGUCUCUGCAGAACUCGUGCAAGACCAACUACAUCUGCAGGUCAAGGCUGGCAGACUUCAUCAGUAACUGUCAGCCAGAAGCUCGCUCCAUCUCCGGCUGUCUGAGGGAGAACUACGCUGAUUGUCUGCUGUCGUAUUCAGGCCUCAUUGGUACGGUGAUGACGCCCAAUUACGUGCGAUCUCUUGGAAUCAUCCUCUCGCCGUGGUGCGACUGCAGCAGCAGCGGGAACAGCAAACCGGACUGUGAUAAGUUCUCAGAGUUUUUCACCAAGAACAGAUGCCUGCGUAACGCCAUCCAGGCUUUUGGCAACGGUACUGAUGUCGGAGUUUGGCAACCCCAACCCCCCAUCCAGCCCACGGCAGCAGAUCCGAGCAUCAACCGGAGAGCUAAGGAGCGAGCCGGCGGCGCUCUGGACGCAGACGUGACCAAACCGCAUCUCAACAGAGACUCGUUAUAUCACAUCUGCGGAACCUUACAGGCCCAGAAGCUGGUGUCGAAUCAAACGGUGGAUACUGAGCAGUGUGUGAACCAUCAAUUGGACGAGUCCAGGGACUCCAACGCCGUCGCCAGAAGUUCCCCGGCCGAGCUCAGCCGCCUGCACGCCUCCAGUUUGCUCCUCGCUCUGGCCUUUGGUUUCACACCUAUAGUGCUACCGCAGGAAGGCUUCUACCUUUUGUAGGAAGUGAGGCUCGACGCCGCGCUCUCAUCUCAAGACGUGACUCCACUCAUGAACUUUCAUUUGCCAGAGAGCGAAAAAAACCUACAUGUUUCUUUUGUUUGUCAUGAAGUGGAAAAGAGCAAGAGCACUGGAAUCGAGAGUGGAUUAUACCUGAGGAGCUGAUCUGUUGAAACUGAACCUGCUGAAGCUGCUGCUGCUGCUGAGAUAUCAGCUCAUUUGACUUCACUGCCUCGUGGGACCAAUUUGGUGACUUAAAAAAAAAAAAUCUGAUUUAAUUUCGAUCCACUUCUUUGAAAUGAAAUUUGAGUUCGACUGCCAACGUGCUGAACGGCGUUAUGAGGAUAAAGUGGACAAGUCUCCAGAGUGUCUGCUUCAAAGGUCGUCCUCCAAAAGGAAAACUAAGUGUUGAGCUGUAAGUGUUAACGCGUCACUGUGGACGACUGAUCAUUGACACUGUGCGGAACCAGGUAAACAUUUGAACUCAUCACACUCUGAAGGGAUCGGCCCUGAGAACCCGACACGUUUCUCCUCCACAUGUUGAGCGUAGAGUCGUUUUGUAGAUUGAUUUGAUUGUCACGGUGGUUUGUGGUUUUAUCACAUCGCCUCUGAAAACCACAUUUUGUACAUACAAUACGUGAAAUGUGAACUCGGCCACAGUUUGCUGCUGUUAGGUUGUAACAUAUCGUCUGUAACGUUAGUUUUCGGUGACCGAGGCGUCUCAGCUUCUUCUGUUGUAGCCACGAUUUAUAAAAAUGUGACAGGAUAUGGUUCUGUACUCGUGUGGCUACAGAUACGACUUUAUUGUGUAAUUCUAUUUUAAUGGCAAAGUGCAUAAUGUUAUCUUAAAGGGUGUUUCUCUCCAGGGACACCAGAACUAUCUCUAACAGCAGCGAGAACAUUUAGAAUUAAUGGCUAAAAAGUCAAAUGUGUUUUUGGAAUCAUUUGACUUCUUCUAUUAUGUUUUAUUUUAGAUUUUCCACCUAAUUAUAUCCUGUUAAAGAGUGAGAGGACGGAGCUCUGACGAAUCAGGGACGUGUCGAGCGACGCCAAAAGACAAAAGCCAGUUCACGUUAAUUGCCGGCAAUUACUGCGGAUGCAAUUGGGGGGAAAAGAUGAAAACACUUACAUGGUUAUUAUCAACUUAAUGAUACUGUAAUUAUCAAAGAGAUUCAACGAAUGUAACUAUAAUGAACAGGGACGACUUGUUUUGAAAACAUCCUUACAUUUGAAGAAACGUGUAGAAUGUGUGUGGUUACAUCCCUGUUGACGUCCGCAGCUCAAACCUGUGACGGUGAUUUGUUUUUCAAAAGGGUGAGAAAAUAACUGUUUGUCGAAUUUGAAGUCAGAUCACAGGCAGUGGAGACGCGUCUUAUAGGAGGACAUCUUUAUGUACAGGGAGAAGUCAAAUUUGGUUUAACUGUUCAGUGUUUUGCGGAAAAAAAGGUGAAAUAAAAAUAAUGAAGAGUGA